GAAAUAAUUUGUCUUUUUGCGUCUCGACGGCCUUGAAUACUAAUCUAUGAACGGAAAAAACUCUCAAGGAAUCAUCACUCGCAGCUGCGCACCUCGAGAGUGUCGAGUCAGUAUAACUGUUAUUCCAGGAUAAACUCACACCCAUCAAAGGUAAGCAUAUUUGCAUCGCUCAGCAUUACAAAGAGACUAUCAUACGUGACGGUGAAAACAGUGCAUUUGAGGUAGGGUUUUAGACCUAGGUAAUUAUGGCUAACUACUUCAAACCACACCAACCAAACCAAUUAACACCCAUAAUUACACAAACUACACCGACUAUAUCGAACUAACGGCCUGCACGUUAACUGUUUAAAUUCAGCGACGACAUUGACUAUAACUAGUUACAGCAACCACGAAUAAAACAUCCAGUACACCGGCACUCAGAGCCAUCCUACGUUCCAUCGCAAUUUGGGCGUGCAAGCGAAAAAUUGCACUUUAACAAAUUAGAAUCUUGUCCUAAUACUAAAUAUAAACGAAUGCUUACAUCAAACCAAGUAAACUAAAUACUUUACAACGUUGUGGUGUUCUCUAUAGCUCUCAUUGGUUUCACAAAUUGUCAGUUACCAAAAAAAUUUUAUGCCAAAUUCACGAGAUAAUCAAAUUUCAUUAUUAGUGCAAACUGCAUGAUCCCAAGAUCCGGAGAAUUCAACUAUACUAGGUUUAUUUUUUUCCGUUUGCAAGAGCUAUAAAGUCUGAAUUUGAAGAUGUUUCGUGCCAUCAUCCUAUUGAUAAAUGAAUCCUUUGUGGUGGCAAUGGUUUGUAACAUACACGCCUAACUGCACAUGAACCCCUUGGUUGAUAAAGGAAACAAUGAGAUCAUUUAUCUUUCAGUGACUACACGGCCUUGAAUACUUUUCUGUAAAUAGAACAAAGUUUCGAGGAAUCAUCACUCGCAGCUGAGCGCCUUGAGAGCGUCGAAUUAGUGUAACUGUGAUUCCAGGAUAAACUCACACCCAUAAAAGGUGAGCAUAUUUGCACCGCUUAGCAUUAUACAAGUAGGAGUGAAAACAAUGCAUUUGAUCUAAAGUUUUUCAGACCUAGGUAAUUAUGGCUAGCUACUUCAAACUGCAGAACUGCUUCAAGAUAAUCAGCUUGCAUUAAACUCUUCAACACUACACCAACCAAACAAAUUCACACCCGGAACCACACAAACUACGCCGACUACAUCCAAAUAACGGCCUGCACGUACAUUGACCAUCUUAGUCUGCAACGAAUAAUCAACCACACCCUAAUCGCCAGAAUACAGCGACGACAUUAAGAAUAAAACAUCAAAGUACACCGCACUCAGAGCCAACCUGCUUCAGCGAUAGCAAGUCCUAAGUUCCAUCGUAAUUUGGGCGUGCAAGCGAAAAAUUGCGCUUAAACAAGUUAGAAUCUCGUCUUAAUACUAAAUUUAAACGAAUGCUUAAAUCAAACCAGGUAAACUAAACACUUUAAAACGUUGUGAUGAUUUCUGUAGCUCUCAUUAGUCUCACUAUCUGUCAGUUACCAAAACAAUUUUGUGCGAAAUCCACUAGAUAAUCAAAUUUUAUUGUCAGUGUAAAAUAACACGAUCCCACAAUUCUGAGAAUUCUGAUUGUUAUCAGACUGAUUGAAAGCGAACACACAGACUUGAAUACACUUGCUCUAAUAAAUGUUAACGUCUACGAGUUACGACAGAGUCAUUUAUGAACUUGCUGCAGUUACAUCACAAUUUAGGCGUGUAAGCGAAACAAAUUAAAAUCUUGUCUUGAUACUAAAUAUAGACGAAGGCUUACAUCAAACCAAGUAAACUAAAUACUUUACAACGUUGUGAUGUUCUCUAUAGCUCUCACUGGUCUCACAAUUUGUCAGUUGCCAAAACAAUUUUAUGCCAAAUACACGAGAUAAUCAAAUUUUAUUAUCAGUGCAAAUUGCAUGAUCCUAAGCUCCCGAGAAUUCGAUUUCAUCGAAGACUGAUUGAAUGCGAUCACACAGACUUGAAUACAUCUGCUCAAGUAGAUUUGAACGUCUACGAGUUACGACAGAGUCAUUUAUGAACCAAAUCCUGUACAGGUAACAGUUAAGGAACUGAUUAACAAAGAGUAGACCUUCAUAAUAAGUUUACCCAAUUAUUGUGGCUAAUUACAAGAGAAAGGUAAUACUUUUCUGAGACUUAAACCGUCAUACUGUCUUGCUAGGUGGUAAUUGAAAGCAAUUCGAAAUUUGUUAAUUAAAAAAUGGCUGUUAAAAUGUCCUGCGUGGGAUUUUAAUCCUAUUUAAAGUUGCUGGCUGGGAAAAUAAUCCUUUUCAUUCAGGUUGGCUGGCAGUGGAGAUGAGCACAGCAAAUUUUUUUCCCAUAAAGAUUAAUUGUCAACCAAAUAUCAUACAACGUUUCUUUAGAUGCAAUAGAUUUUGCAUCGAUCAUGAUCUGUCUAAAAUGAUUGUCAAUACAUUUAGCAUGUAUGCAAAAAAGCAGUGUUUAUAACAUGCGAUAAAAUAUCACAGUCCUUCUAGGAAAUGUGAUUUCAAAAGUCAGUGUGUGCUCCAUCGUAAUGUAGGGGUGGAAAUGAAACACAAUUCUGCACAAAGAACUCAUGAGUGGGAGUAAUAACACAAUGAAAAGUUUUAGAUAUUGCGCUUCGAUAGUCCCAGCACACAUCUGUUAUUGAUAUAACAAGGAGAAGGAACUGAACUGAAAAGUAAAACGAAAGCGAAGACUGUAGCUAAAAAAUUCAUUCUGUGUGUGCUAAAUGGCUGCAAUACUUUUUAGAAAGAAAUUCUAGUUUGUGUUGUAUCAAAGAUAAGCAUAUUUGUAACGCUCAGCGACACAAAGAGACUACCAUACGUGAGAGUGAAAACACUACAUUUGAGUUACAUUUUGUCGGACCUAGGUCUCAGUAAAUGUGAUUUCGAAAGUCAGUGUGUGUUCCAUUGUAAUGUAGUCGUCGAAACGAAACACAAUUCUGCACAAAAAACUCAUGAGUGUUAAUUAUAACAUGACGAAAAAUUUCAGAUAUUGCGCUUCGAUAGUCACAGUACACUUAUCUGUUAUUGAUAUAACAAGGCGAAGGAACUAAACUGAAAAGUGACACGAAAGCGAAAACUCCUGCUAAAAAUUCAAUAUUAAUUCUAUAUGUGCUAAAUAGCUGCAAUACCUUUUUUACAAAGAAAUUCUAGCAUCUAUAAUACAAGCCCCAUUCCAGUUCUUUAACUGUACUAGGUCUAUUAUUUUCUGUUUCAAGAGCUAUCAAUUCUGAAUUGCAAGAUGUUUCGUGCGAUCAUCCUAUUGAUAAAAGAAUGAUAUUUAGCCACACCAAGGUGUACAAAUUACACUCGAAUCACCAGCUACGCUUAACUCCACUGAGAAAGUAUAUCACUUAAACCAACAGUACAUGACUACAUCAAACUUUUCCAGAAUUAAAUAAUACAGUUAACUACCUAAAACUACAGACUAUAUUAGCUCAAUCAAUUAGCACUAAACUACUCAACAUUACUUCAACUCUUAAGUGAAAUUAAAAUACCCGGCGUCGAGGAUGAAAGUUGAGUGCUUCAAUAUGUACUUUGGUCCAAUUUUUCGCAGCUAGAGGUGAUGUUUUUGUAAAGCCGUUUGCAAUCGCGUUUCCUCUCCUUUUUUGCGGGUGUGAAAAAGUCUCGAGCGCGUUUAAAGGUUAUAUUUUAAGCCACAUUCCUUUUCAAGCUUUCCUGUCUAUCCACUAAAAUGCAUCUUUCCUCAUCGGUGCGACUUUUCACCUAUCGUAUGCACUAACAGUCUCUUCUAAAAUCACAAGAAACGCCAUAAUAUAGGGCAAGUACGGAUAAGAAAAGAAACUCGCCCCUUGGAAACCGCUGUACUUUCUGUGAUCCAAACAAGGACCAAAAUAACCACUAUCCCGUUCUUAGGUAAAAAGAAGUGGCCCUAGAUGAGAGGAGAGAGUAAGAGAAGGCCAAAAUAACACGAUGACUGACGAGAGAGGAGCCACACAAAUGUCGUACGAAGAGGAUCUGAUGCAAGCACUCCAAAGUUUACACCGCUAUUAUCCUAAAAUUAUAGAACCCGCCCUAAAUGAUAUAAAAUAUGUUUUAAAGAGGAAAGACAACGCAUUUGUAAUACCUAGGAGAGGCCAUCAUGUUAUCAACAAAGGAGUCACUAAGCUUUACAAAGACAUAAUUAAGAAUUUUUUCGAUGUCUUAGGGGGCGAAGAAGAACAUUUCACGAAGGAAUUUAAUUAUGGAGAGCUAGAAAGUAGAGGAAUCAUUAACGAACAUGGUCUCCCGAACGACGAUUUCCUUCAGUCCUGCGAUAUCCCUUAUGAAAUUAAGAGCAAAAUUGACUGUAUGCCAGUGGAAAAGCCGUUUAAUGGGCCACAUUAUGACAUAAACGCUCAGGAGUUUGUUUGCGCCAAAAUAGCACUGUUAACUGGUGUUAAUUGUGUAAUGCUAGAUAUCCAUAAAAGCCUCACAGAUAGAGGAGAGAUGCCCGAGAGUUAUGAGGACAAAUUAACAUGCGUGAGAAAUAUUACUACCAUCUUAAUUGAAAAGGACAAACAUGGUGUAUAUGUAGACUCUGUAGCUAAGCUAUGCUGGUAUAAUAAAAAUCCAGGUAAAGUCCAAGUCUUCGAAGAGUGUAUCGAAAGUGUUAGGCUAUUGAGCAUAGAGUAAAAGUAGAUGAUAGUACGCCUGGUAAACUUUUGGAAAUGUUUGAAGGGGCCAAAAAGCUGCCUAAUAAAUAUGAGCAAGAACAUACGUAGAAUAUACUUAGAUAUUCCUUGAUUGAAGACAAAGUGGCAAAGGCUAGAACUGUUAGGUUUUUCACUGAGUUGUAUCAACACGGAAAUUUUGAAUACUUCAAAUAAGGAUGUUGAGUAAAUGUGAUUUCGAAAGUCAGUGUGUGUUCCCUCGUAAUGUAGUCGCGGAAACGAAACACAAUUCUGUGCAAAGAACUCAUGAGUAGCCGGGAGUAAUAACAUAACGAAAAGUUUCAAAUAUUGCGCUUCCAUAGUCGCAGUAGACUAAUAUGUUACUGAUAUAAGGCGAAGGAACUGAACUGAAAAGUGAAACGAAAGCGAAGAAUCUUGCCAAAAAAAUUCAUUAUUAAUUCUAUGUGUGCCAAAUGGCACACAAAGAAAUUCUAGUUUGUGUUUAGCCUCCACCUAUCAUAAUUUUUAAGGAGUGCGAGAAAGUGGAAAAUUGAGCAUCUACAAAUAAAGUCACAUUCCAGUUCUAUAGCUGUACUAGG